CUUAAAAUGUCACAAAUGUACAUCGAUCACGAAGGAACCACACAACAAUCUCAAGUUUCCUCCGGAUCCCUUAAAGUGAGACACACUUCCUGUUCUACUGGGCACGCAGUUGUUCUUAAAAUUAUGCAAAGGCUAAGACAUUUUUCACGUGUAAUCAUACCUUUGACAUUUCGAUGUCGGGAAUACUCUGUGCCGGUGCCUUUGAGAUGUCUCCUUCGCGGGAUUCAUCCUGUUCUACUUGAAAACAGCCUGAUAUCCACAAGGCAGAAAGUCGGACUACAACAGUGCUGUCAUUUAUUUACCACACUGCAUAAAAGAGGUCAACUGAAGCCUGAGGAUCUGACAUCACGCCAGUUUACCCUCAUCUAUGUAUUUCCAGCCAUCCGAUUCCUGCGAGCAGUAUCAAGACUCAAGCUGCUUCAGACCGGAAUCACUUUUGUCACUCUCCCUCCUGUGUAUUACCUCUACUUUCAGGGACAAGUCACAUAUACCCUCAUAAGCUACAGUACUGGAAUUGCAGUGUUUGCUGCUGUCAUGCUGUAUUCCCUGAGCCAUUAUCUUAGGAGAUUUGUGGGUAUGAUGUAUUUGGAUGCCACCAAAACCACUCUUAAGGUGUCUCACCUCACUUUCUGGGGUAAAAGGAAAGACAUUUAUGUACCUGUGACUGACAUCAUGACUCUUGGGGACACGGGUGACGCCAGACAUGAAACUUUACUGCGCUUAAAGCAAUAUAGCUCUCCUAGAACUUUGUAUUUCUCCACACAGUUUGGUCGUGUGGUGGACAAAGAGGGAUUUAAACAGGUCUUUGGCAGUUUCUCAUAAGGCACAACUCAGACUUUUGAUGGCCCGGCUUUUAUUUAUUCUUACAACAAGUCUUUCAAAUCAUAAGUACACAUUUUUGCUGAGAGUAAAUAAUGUCAGCAAAAUUGAAAAUUCUUCAUAUGGUGUCAAAAUAAGUUUAUAUAGCUGAAACAAUAAAACAUAACCGCAAGUCAGCAGUUUCCAUAACUAACCAGCCAAAUGGAUGUUUGCCCCUGUUUUUCAACACAUUAAAAUACAAACUAAAUCGUGUGUAUGUUAGAAAUACCGUGAUCAUAGCUUUGAAAAUGUGUAUUUUACAUAAGUAAAGUAAGUUUAGAUAUCUGAUAUUGUACCUGUUUUCAGUAAUCUGAGAAACUUGGUGCAUUUAUUUUUUAACGUACAUUAAAGAAAAAAGCUGAUCUGGCCAUUUCAAAA